AUGGGCGAUUUACCCAACAGUUUCUCUCAUUCGCUAUCUAUCCAGUCCACUGAAAUCCUGAGGAAAGAACGAGUUGGCUGGACAAUCCUUGCCACUUUUAUUGCAGCUAUUGGCCCUGUAACCUUUGGUUACUGUGUGGGGUAUUCUUCGUCAGCGCUGCUUGAUUUACAGAACGAAAAUGCACCUUCCGAUGUUCGCCUAUCGUCCGAACAAGCAUCAUGGUUUUCAGUAAGUUCAAUGGCACUUUUUUACAAUGAUAUUAUCAAUAGGAAAAUAACUAUGCUGAUUCUGCGCGAAAUUCUGACUACAGCUUCUACAGUUUUUGCGAUUUUUAACUUUUUUUCCUUUUCAAUAAACGUUAUUCUUAAUACAGCUUGGAGAUAUUUUUCUAUCUGAGCGGUGCGGCGUUAUUCAUGGAGAGUCAAAAAUAAAAAUUAGGCUAUAGUUUUGUCUCAAUUAAAAAUUGGUCGGUGAAAGCACGUUAGUCGUUCAUCAGUUUCUCCCCUGCUCCCAAAGUCUGAAUGCUGGCGUGAUACAACAAGAAACGGGCGAGACAUCUGACAACCCCAUGAACAGACCAGAAGACACAUGACAUUGCACAGACAGCCAGCGAGCACGUAGAUAUUACGCUCUAUUUUGACCACUCUUUACCUGUCAAGAAUUUUUAAUGAUAAGAAAUUUGGAGCUAAAUCGUCAAGAUGUUGAGGAUAUGUUGCGAACAACCAUAUUUCAAGCGCAUGGUGAUGGAAAAUAAAUAACAUUACCAAAAAGAAAAAAGAAACCUAGUGUUUGCUAUUGUGCGAUUGAAGAGUUUGCUGGUAAUUUAUAUCAUUUUAUUUAUUGUUUUCGACAAAUUUGGCAUUCAAAGCGAUAAAAUUUAAGUGUACAUAUAUUCAAUAAUCUGGGAGUACGAACAAGGAUAUUUCUGUCUGACGUCGGGAAAAAAAAAAAACUACUGAGCCCAGCUCGAAGAGCAAGACGUUAAUCAUUGGAAAUCGAUGUCACUUCUGUGUUUGUAAUGUUUGCAAGAUUAUCUUUAAAAGGGAAUUUUUCGCCAGUUCUGCAGAGAGGAUCCGAACGAAGGGUCAUAUGCCACGGCUUUUCCAGUUAAGAGAAUCUUUAUUAAUAAAUGACACACCGGAUAAAUUUGUUCCCGUUUGUUGUAGUAAUACACUUCAUUUCACGUUUAAUCCGCGUUCAAUUCACGAGCAGCAGCCUUUAAUCCGCGCUCGGCCGCGUUCGUGAGCGUUAAACGCGAACAGGGAAACCAAAAUUCGACUUCCUUUACAGGGAGCAUUUCCACCUUAAUAAGCCGUGUAAUUGCAGCGCAAAUACGAUAGCGUUACGCGUCUCUUGAAAUCAUCCACGAAAAUGGUCCACAAGCGAACGGCUUUCUGGACAAGGUAUAGUCAGAAAACGAAGCUUUGCGUAUAAAGCUAGUAAUUUCUAUCUCUAAAAGCGCACAGUAAAUCAUGUCAGAGGUUUUUACUUCAUAUGGCCAUGGGUAACAAAGAAUUCGUUGAACAGUGCAGCGCAACUGAAUGCGACACGUCACACGUCCGUUGAAAUCCUAUGUCGACAGUGACCGGAUAAGAAAGGGUAGGUUGGAAAAUAUGAAAUGCCGGAAUUCGUAACCGGAGUACCAGGAAUUCCCGGAAUGAUCGAAAAAUUAUAAUGCUAUAUGCAGUAAAGUCACUUUAGAAACUGAGAGAACUGUAUACUGGAUCUUUCCAUUAUACUUUAACUUAAAGGGCAUGUAAACCCAAAAAACGUUCAUUUUCUUUUCACAUAGAUGUUUAGUAAAUAUAUCAAGUACACCAAAGGUACCAUUCGUUUAUUCUCAAAAGUCCAUUUUCACUUUGUAAAAGCUCUUCCAAAUUCGAAACAUUCGCCAUCUUGAAUGGCGCCAUCUUUCCUGUGACGUCACGGGUGGACCCUCCAAAGUCUCGUUUUAUAAUCGCGUGAGGCACGAAGGAGUCUUUCCUACAGCCGUUGUUUGCUGGUCUCGUCAUGAUUUUUUUACUUACAGUUUGCUUCAAUACACUCAAUUUUUUUCGUAAUGGUGAAGCGUUGUGUCGUCCAGUUUUGUACUGAUUCAAACAAAACUGGGCAUACAAUGCAAAUAUUUCCAAAUGACGCAAAUUUGAAGCGACAAUUUGUGAAAUUUGUUCAAGUGAAAAUAGCCGAUUUCGUCGAGCCGUUCGAACGUUCUGUUGUUUGUGGCAGUCAUUUUUCUUCCUGGUGCUGUACCGACGAUUCAGGCCUCACCAGAAGCAAAUUAUUCGGAAGUAUAAAAACGACCCAUACAGUCGGCAGACGACGAGGAUUCGGAAGUGGCCGACCGAACUGAGAAAGAAGUUGAGCUCUUCAAAAGUUAGAGGUCAACAGAGAAAGUACAAAAUCGAUUUACAUGAAAACGUUUUGUUAAUUAAACAACAAUAGCUUUAUUGGUUCUCUAAAAACAUCUUUUUUCUCAUCUAAUGAAAUAUUAUGGGGAAGCCAGUUGUUCGGGAGCCAGCGCUGAGCCCGUAAAAGACACUGACAUGUCUGAACCUUAAGAAAGAGAAUUCGUUGAUAUCAGUGUGUAAUAACGUGAUCUGGAAUUUUGUCGGUUCGAUAAAAAGAAUUUGUCGGUUCGAUAAAAAGAAUUCUAUACAGGAUCCCAUAAUCAACCCUUAUGUUCUAUAAGAAAAUCCAAGCCAGCCCCACUUGGUGCUUCCUUUGAGAAACCCUGCAGAGAAACAGCAGAAGAAUUUGUGUCACGGUUUUUACAGCAGUGAAAAUGCAUUCAAAGGUCAGUAGGACAAUAUUCAUCAUUUUGAGUACAACUUAAAAGAUCCUGAUUUCAGCUUGCAAAACUAUCUUUUCAAUAUUUCAAAUCGAAGCAAACACAAACAGGGUUGGAUAAUUAUGAAGGGCACACAAGGAAAUGUACAUGAUACAACUUUUUUAUCGAUGGAAAUGCUUCUGAGAUGAAGGAUAUUGUUUACCGCACAAGAUAGCACAGCGACCCUAAAGUGUUUGCCGAGAUAUCCCCAACACCAACGAACAAGCUAUCUGUAGGCAAUUUAGCGAAAUUUCCUGCCAGGAAAGAAGCGAAAAACAACUAGCUCUAGUACUGUAUUAUUAAAUCAAUGGCAGAAACUCAAGUAAAUCGAUCUCAAAAUGUAACAAAGCAGAUGAAACAGAAAAUAUUUAGCUUAUACCCCAUUCACACCAAAGCUUAAACAUGUUUUAAAGUUGUUUUGUUAAACACACUUUAAUUUUUUUUUCUUAGUAGAACCAACUUUACCUAAUAUUUUCUACUUAAAAUAUAGCCCAUUGGAAAUGCAAGUUAGCAAGUACUUGAAUCUUACGCAAAAUUAAGUUUUUCCAGUUCUCUCUUUGUGAUUUUCAUUCAGUAAAAGUCAGUUUAACAAAACAUGUUUUGCUGGUGUGAAUAGGGUAUUAGUCGUUUCCGGUGUGAUUAUCUGUGCUUUGCUGCUGCCUGUACGCGUACUUGGCCGUCUUCAGCACCCAGAAAUCGAGGCAAAUUGACUGAAAACCUGGAUGCUCAGUGAUACAACUUAUCUGGGUUUCAGGUCAUUUUGCCACAAUUGCCCGAUUUCCGUACAACAAACACUUUCAUGAGUUGUCGGCAUUGGUUGACAAGUUCCACACUCGCACCUUUGAUAAUUUUAUAUAAAACACUUUCAGAAGCUCAAUUUAAAAAAGAUUCUGUUGCAUUCCUUUAGAUUGUAUCCUCGCCUUAUUGCAUUUUCAUGUUAAAUACAUUUAAACGAGUCUUUAGUUUCACUACGUUGCUCAAAGUUUCCUUUGUUUUGUCUUUUUCAUAUUUUUCUCAACCGGAAACUUUUAUUAUACUACAUAGAAUCGUGUAUAGAGAGAUUCCAUUCCUCAAAGUAUUUCUCUCAGCUUGAAAUUACUUCGCGACGUGAGCACACAUCACCUGGGACUCAACAAUGUCCUGAUGUUCACAGGUUCUUUUCAUAACUUUCCCACAAACUGUUCAAGGUCAUAAUUCAAGCCUCUCUUCGUUGUUUAUUUUUACACCUGACGAUGCUUUUUAAGAAGUACAAUUCGGAAACUAGUUAUGAUCUUCAGAAACCCUUCAGUAUUGUCCACUUUACCAACAAAUGCACCUCGAGAUAAAGGGUUUUUGUCGAUCAGGCGACCGCAGUUAACUGACAGUUUGAUCGCUGGGGGAUCAUGCAAAAGCAUUGAAUAAACAGGCAAACAUAAACCGUGGGAAAGUUUGCGAUUUUUAAAUUAUGUACAUUUUUAAAAGGUUGUUCCUGUAUCGGCACUAUUCUGAAAGAAUUUACCAAUAACGCGCUGAGCUUAUCGGCUGGUCUUAAUAGUAGCUGCUUGGAUUGCUCCCAAUGUGUGGUUAAUAAUUAUUUAAGGUAUAGUAUUAAUUUGUAACAGUUCCAAGAUUCGGAGCUUUUUACAAUUGAACUAUUAAACUAAUUGGAAAUGUUGCAUUUGUUUAAUCUUCUGCAACGGUUCCGGCUUGAAAGGCGCGGCAGCCUAAUAGUUAUAGCACCCUAGACAUCCUGCAGGUGUAUAAAUGAGUACAGGCGAAUUUAAAACGGGGAGUAACCCUGUGAUGGACUAGCCGUCCAAUCCAGGGGGAGGGGAGAGUAGAAAUAUUUUCGUCACUUAGGCUGUAUGGACUACUGACAUGACGCAGACUUUUUUAAUUUCUAGUAUGUACAUCACCAUAAACAGUGCCGAUAAGUGGUUAUUUAUUUAACGCCACGGGAUCCUCAAAGAAAAAUUUUGUAUUUAAUUAUAUAAUUACGUUAUAAAUUUACCAUUAAUUAUUAAUGAACAUUCAAUUAAUUAUUAAUUAUCAUUAUAUUCUUAUUUCUUUAUUAAUUUUUAGUUUAAUUUUUUUUAAAUUUAUCAUUUUUCAUUCACUCCGGGAAUUCCGGCUGUUCCAAGUAUUCCUAUUCUGGUUUCGAAUUCCAGCAUUCUUUAUUUUCCAACCUACUGAUAAGAAAGCUAACUUUGAAAUAUCCCGCAGCGCUUUUUUUCGCAUCAGGCAUAUUCCGAGAUCUUCACUCUGCGAACAGGCAUUAUUUCCUCUUUUCUUAGCGUUUCAGGUGAACGGAUAGGAGAUAAGUGUAAGGCGGGUGCGGAAAAAGUGCGUGGCUAACGCGCGAAAAACUCAAGAAGCGAGACACGCGCAAGUGGACAAGCGCGAAAAAAGUGGCGCGUAAUUUUGUUCGUACUCUUCCUCUCUCGCGUGAUUUUUACCUCACCCUCUUCCCACACUCGCCCUGCAUUAGUCCACGCUGGUAGAAAAAAAAGGCGCUCCCAUGCCCCAACCCCCUUCCCCCUUCAAAAAAAAGUGUUACCUGGGAGGGCGCUCUAGUGAUAUUUGGACUGCUAGCAAGCUGCACAACGGGUGUAAAUUUUUGGUAGUGCCGCUGUCCAGAUGUUAAGUUCUGAGAAACAUUUUUUUCCAAAAUACUGUAAAUCACUGAAUAUGCUAAUCAUGGCGUCUUGAUGUCGCUUGCGUUUAGCAAAGUAGAUAACAAUAAGCCACAAUACAUCUUCCACCUGAGAAGACCCCUCACCUUGCCAUAUUUUAAACGACCACUUCCACAAUCCGGCUAGUCUUAAAUGCGUGCAUACCGUUAUAUCCAUGAAUAUCUAAUUUUUUAAAUGAAUUAUUUCCAGUCUUUGCUCAAUGUGGGUGCUAUUGUUGGAAGUCUUAUCGGUGGAUGGGCGAUUGACAAGUUUGGUCGAAAGGGUACCAUCGUUUUAUGUGCGAUACCUUUCGAGAUCGGAUGGCUCCUCAUAAGCUGUGCUCAUCACGUUUCCAUGUUUCACGCUGGCCGGAUCAUUACAGGCUUAGGCAUCGGUGUAAUUUCACUUGCUUACCCGGUAAGACAUAAGGGCUUAAAGUAACAUCAGAUUUCAGACCUUAAGGUCCAUUCUACCGUAGUUUACUCCGGUUUUAAAAGUCUAAAGCGAGUGUGAGCAGAGCCGUACGCCCUCCCCUCCCGCCCCCCUCCUAGGAGCUUCCUAAACUGGUGAUCAUUUCUUUUAUUCUCAUGACCUUUAAUUUUGAUUCAGGGGUGAUACUGUAAGGAGAAAUGAGUAGCCAGUCUCUCUUAAGGGUUGAAGGGUUUGCGUGGUCAACUAUACCGCGGGCACGCCAACGCCACAGCUUUGUCCAGUAGUCCAGUGGUCAGUGCACUGGGCUCCGAGUCAGACGACCCGGGUUCUAGUCCUGGCCGGGGCAAGGCAUUGUGCCCUUGAGACAUGCGGGACAAAAAAUGCAAGCUCCGCUUUUAGGCUUUGCUAAAUCUAUAUAUUAUAUGUUAGGUCAGGAAUAGCAUUGUUCUAGUAAGUAGCACAUCGCGCGCACCCGAAGUCCAGCAUGGUAACCACGAGGCUAUCACUUCGAACCGUUCAACUGAAUAGAGAGCCGUCAGUAGUAAACUCCCAAGAAGCUUGUAUUCACACGUUCUAGAAGUCUGGCCCUGAGCCCUCAUUGGCACUUUAUGUUGUGUUUUUGGGUGAGACUCUAGAGUCACUGAAUGCCUCUCGCCACCCAGGGCUAUCAAUCGUUACCGCUAAAAAAGUCAGCAAAACCUGACUUGUGCUGCGAGUAAACCAUUAUCUCAUCUUGGGGAGAAGACUGGAACAAGCUGCAGCAAUUUAUAGCUCCCUUGAUCCCUAUAACUUAGUCUAUCCGUUCUGCCUUAGGUCUACGUAGCUGAGAUCGCAACUGCACGACUGCGCGGGACACUUGGCGCUGUCAAUCAACUGGCCAUAGCAGCUGGCAUCUUACUAAGUUAUAGCUUUGGAGUCCUUGUGCAUUGGAGGUGGCUGGCUCUCAUUGGUGCUAUGCUCCCUGCCCUACUCGUGAUUUUGAUGUUCCCUAUGCCGGAGACCCCUCGCUGGUCGUUGGGAAAUAACCGAAACAGCGAAGCGGCCAGUGCAUUGCUGUGGUUAAGAGGACCUGAUUUUGACGUCGAGGAAGAGUGUUGUGUGAUUAAAGCGAGUCUAGACGAAGGUUAACUCCUAUAAUAUAUCAAUUGAUAGUGAGGGGAAUUUACCUCAUCCCCACACAAGGCUCCUUCGUUCCCUUUGAAAACCAUGUGAACCCAACCCCCUCCCUCCAAAAAAAGAUUUCUCCUCCAGCGCCCUGACUGUUUCCUUACUCGGAACUGAUUAGAUCAAGUGACCACCACAAACCGUAUAAUAUUAAGCCAAGCUUUAAUAAUUAUUCGAUCUAAAAGAAAUACAUUUAUAAUUCGCAAUUAGAACAAACGCAAAUCAAGUCUUUAUCUUGUAACUGAAGUCAAAAACUUCAAUAUAAACUUACUUCUGUGGCGGGUCGUUACAACAGUCUCACUUUACGGGUUAGCAGAUUCUCCAGGUAAGCGGAUUUAGAGACAGAAAAACGAUAACAAAAUAACUUCUUUCUCACUUCGAUUCUGCUGAAAAACUGACUUAAACAUAAUAAUCUAACGCUUUUAAAUCAAUCUAUUGAAUUAAUGUCAAUCACGAUUCUUGUCAUCGAAUAAAUCUGUCAACACGAGGCAACGCCUAUUUAUUAAACGAAACAUUCUCCGCCCCGAUAAGGGCGUAGUCCUUAUCCUUCUUGAAGUCAGCCUAAUUUUAUUUAGUCGUAUCCCUCAGCAGGAUAUAUAACAGCAAUCUUGGUGACUGGGCGGCUGUAUUCUCCGGCUGGUGUUUUUACUUUGACAUUACGGACUCGGCCAUCUGUCCCGGGAUACACCUCGAUUACUCUGCCGAUGGUCCAUUUACCUCGGAUAGCAUUGUUGUCCGCCAUGACUACAAUGUCAUCGACUUGAACGUUUCGCCUUUCUGUAUGCCAUGCCUUCCUUAUCACUAGCGCUGGCAGUACGUCUCUGCUCCAACGUUUCCAGAAUGACUCCACAAUUUUCUGCACAAAUUCUACACGGCGUCGCGGGUUUUUCGUGUCUUGGAAUGGGCCUUGAGGAACUUCCGGUGUUGCUCUUCCAAGAAGCAUGUCGUUCGGGCAUAAAUAUUUGCCGUCAUCCGGGUCAUUUGGAACACGGCCGAUCGGGCGUUGAUUAACGAGAUUUCCAACUUCUAGCAGACAUGUGUAUAACUCGAACGGACUUAGAACCUGUUCUCCUAUUGCCUUCUUCAAAGCACGCUUACAACUUUUGACGAGUGCCUCAGCACAUCCGUUCUGAUGAGGGGCAGCUGGAGCGGUGAACAGCCAGUUGAUACUUCUUUCAGCGCAGAAAUCACGGAGUUUGUCAGAAUCUAAACCUUCGACCAUUUCGCGCAAUUCCCCAACCAUUUGCCCAUUGUCUCAAUAGCACUGCCAACCAUUUCUUAGCACCUGGAUAAAUUCCAUUGUUGACCCAUUGUCGCUCAAUAGCACUAGCCGUUUGGGUAUCCACGGAUUUCUCGACAAGAAACACAUUUAAAUUUCACAGCCUUACUGAGCUUAUUCGCCUUCAAGAUCCAGAGUCUUAAAACUCCAGGAUGCCCAUGGUUGUGCAUAUGGCUUGUAAUCAACAGGGAUAUUCUAGCUCAUUGGGAAGCAGCACACCUGGAUAAAUUCGUCAUUGUUGAUAUUCUUCAUUCGGUCAACAGCCAUGACAUCUCAGCCUUCUUUAACUCUUCAGGCAUGAGAGGUCCUUCUCGUCCGUUCCAGAUGGACGGCUCGGCCCAACUAGAAAUUCUUCAGCAGGCUGGCAUCUAAUCUGUCAGGCACAGUAAAUCCACUUUAACUUUGAAGCUGAACUCAUCUGUAACAUAAUUCCAAAUCACUCCAAGCACCUUUUCUUCAACUUCUUCCUGGAACAUCUUGAACUCAUUUUCCUGAUUUUCUGUCUUGGUUAGACUUAUCACCAAACGUCAGGACUGUUUUACGUACACAUCAGGUUCUCUUUCCGUUUCCAAGUUUCUCCACAGGAACCGAUGAACAUGUUGAUCCUCUUCUGGGAUGCGUAUACGGUGAUACAUUUUGGAUAUGUCACCCAUCACUGCUACUUCUUUUUCUCUAAACCUCAAGAUUACUCCAAACAGAUUGUUCAACAAAUCAGGCCCCUUAAGCCAAUAAUCAUUCAGUGCGUGACCUUGAUAGACUGAAGAGGAGUUGAAGACGAUUCGUACGGGUGUGCUCUUCUUCUCAGGUCGAAUAACGGCAUGGUGUGGGAUGUAAUGCACCGGGCCUUUGCUUGAGAACUGCAUCUCCUUUUCUUCCAUCUGUUUGUCAUGGUUUCAUCGCCAAUGGCUUAUUAUCCGGCAACAGCAUGGGGUCUUUCUUCCAGUCCACUGCUUGCCCACCUUUUCACACGACUUGGAAAUGAUUUCCUCCUAGAGGUGUUCUUCUUGCAACUAGCUGUCCAGUUUGCCUGGUCUGUCCAGUAUGCAUCUGGGCGUGGUCGAUUCCUAUUAGUAAAUUUGCCUCUGAUCCUUUCGGUCCAAGAAGCUUGGCGAUCGGUCUAAGCUGGACUGCUGACACUUCCUCACUAAUGCGCGGGCUUGAUCGUCUCCUCUUCUCCUCCCACUUUCGCGGUGUCUCCGGCAAAAGAGUUUCAUGGUGCGCGACGCCAACUUUGACUGCGGUGCUCUUGUGAAGCAACGGGUGAUGAAAAUGCAUGCAUUCCCUUCCGCUCCUACUUUCGUGAUUUUUUUCUUUGAUUUUAUACGUUGGUCCCGAGGGCAGCGAAUUUAUGCCGGAGACCCCACGCAUACGUGAUUUCAUCUCUACGUCCAUCCACUUCAUCAGUCGCUCUAAAGUUGCUUUUUCUCCCUGACGCUGGUCAUUGGGAUAGCAAACCUCCUUCAGAGUAAACCGAAACAAACUUUACUAUGUCUUGCGUGAUGGUGUCGGACACGAACCUUGGAUCUCCGUAAAUAAAUCCCACGCUGCCUUAUAGUCCGAACCUAUCCCUUUGCCAAUGCAUUGCUGUGGUUAAGAGGACCUGAUUUUGACGUCGAGGAAGAGUGUUGUGUGAUUAAAGCGAGUCUAGACGAAGGUUAGCUCCUAUAAUAUAUUAAUUGAUAGUGAGGGGAAUUUACCUCAUCCCCACACAAGGCUCCUUCGUUCCCUUUGAAAACCAUGUGAACCCAACCCCCUCCCUCCAAAAAAAGAUUUCUCCUCCAGCGUUCUGACAAUGAAUAAUAACUAGUCCCUUAACCCCUUCACUCCCAAGAUCUCAUUAGUAAUUCUCCUUACUGUCUGCCAUACAAUUCUGAAAAUGUUAAGUCGGAGAAUUUGAUAUUGGAUCAACUAGUAAUCCCAUAAUUGAUAUUUUUCUUUAUUCUCAUAAUUUUUCUGCUUGAUAUUGUAUUGAUAUAGUGAAGAGAAAUUCUGUCUUGGCCAGUCAUGGGAGUUAAAGGGUUAAUUGGAGUGGAUGUAACUGUUCAUUUUAUUCAAUCCUCAACAGAUCAUCAGGAGAGGCUUCCUUGGCGUGACUUCUUAUUACCAUCGAUAUUAAAGCCCCUGCUGAUCAGUAUUGGGUUGAUGAUUUUCCAGCAGUUCUCCGGGGUAAACGCAGUAAUCUUCAAUGCUGCAUCCAUCUUUUCAAACGCAGGCUUUUCCGAUGCAAAGCUUAUCAGCAUUACUGUGGGAGCCGUACAAUUUAUUGGUGCUGGCCUUGGUUGUCUGCUCAUGGACAAAGCUGGAAGACGAAAGAUCCUUCUGAUGACUGGACUGGUGAUGUGCAUCUGUCAUGUAGUACUAGGAGUGUAUUUUGAGAUCUACAUCCCUCCAACAGAGAAAACCCCACAAGCGGACACUCUCGCCUUGCUUGGUUCUAUCCAUAGAUCUGUUCCAGCGAAAAGAAUUUCCUCUCUGUCAAUCACAAGCCUUGUCGUAUUCAACAUGUUUUACGCCCUCGGUUGGGGACCAGUUGCGUGGUUAAUAAUGUCGGAAAUAUUUCCUCAACGAGCUCGAGGCCAGGCUGGUGGUAUUGCGACGUUGAUUAAUUGGACAUGUUCUUUUAUCGUUACCCAAACGUACCAGUCCAUGGCCGACACUUUGUCUAUCCAAGGGGUAUACUGGUUUUAUGCCGGAUGUUGCUUCUUCGCGUUUAUUUUCGUCUAUUUCCUUCUACCUGAGACAAAAGGCAGGACCUUGGAGGAAAUGGAAGCCAUGUUUGACCAAGAUAAACAAGACUAUGAAAGGAUUAGCUAAGUAAUAAGAAAAAGAUGAAUAGUUAUGAGGCAUAUUUCCGUCGGUCGGAGUAGCCAAAUUCAUCCCUAAGCGUUUUUUGAACACCAGGGCUCUUCAUCGUAGGAAAACGUUUUCCUGUGGUGAAGUCUUGAUAAGCAGAAGCUGAGUGCGAAAGUUUUUAGGCAAGGCUUAAGCGCAAAUUUUGAACCAUUUCUGAAAUGUUUUUGUGGGUUUACUUUGCUUUUCAUUGUGAUUAUUUAGAAACAGUGCGUUGCGCUAAAACACUGCGUUUCCCUUCCAGCCAAUCAGCUGAUCAGAAAGAUUUUCCGCAUGAAUAUUGGAAAAGUAAAGCACUUAUUAAGUAACAGUGCAGACUUUUCCCAUAAAGCCCUUAGGUAACAUUGUUGAUUAUAACCGACUGUAUAACCUUUGCCGCCCUCUUUCCAGACAGAAAACAGAAGUGAUCGUUUAGAUGUUUAGAAUGUACGAUUUUUGCACAUUGCCCUGGCGGAAAAUUAGUUCAUAUUCAUUUGCUUCUUCACAAUUUCCUUCCACACAGGGGAUAUAGUAAAUAGGCUGGUGUACAUACAGUGUAGGUUUAUUUCAGCACUUACACGAAAUAAAAAAAUAUUUGAUCCAUCAAUUCAGUUAAGUAUAUCUAUUGGUAUUACGACACUCCGAACUAACACGAGCCUCGAUAAAUGAUAAUGAUAAUAAUCUGAUGUGUAAAGAGAAUCAUUAAUCAAAAUUUGAAGGCACAAACCGCCAGUCAAUUACAAUUACAACUACAAUAUAAUAACCGUAAUUCGAGUUCUUGUUACAAUUACUACCCGAUAACAAGUGGUAUAAUGCGUGAGUUUUGUUUCAAGCGUGCUUGAAGCGUUUCGCACCUGCGAACGUAGAAGUGACUUAACAUAGUGAUUACAUACCAUCAGAACCAAGUUGUCUUAGAGGAAUUGAAAACGGCCACAUUGGCCAGUUAGUUGUUGUGGCAAAAGAUGAAUCGAAAAAAUACGUGUAGUUAAAUGAUUUUGUGUUCGAAAAGUCUCACUUUUCCAUUCUCUUUUUUAGAUUUCUUUACACUUGUGACGGUGUCAAUUUUCUCUUUUUCCGGAAAGUUUGCCGGUUUUUUGCUAUGUUGUGUAUUUGUCCAUCUUUUUCAAUUUUGCGUGGGAAAUUGGCGCUUGGCUGGCCAAAUUCGAUCCGUUUGCGCAUGCUUUACGUUUUAACGUUGUCUUAUCCACACGUGGUUACUCUCCUGCUUUGCCACUCUGUGACAUAUCACACAACACUCCAUCUAAGCGUUGCGUGACUUUAUAACCAAGGCUGGGAUGCUGGUCAUCACGUGUUUUCGAUGACAUAAUGGCACCAGCUUGCAGCACCUGAUGCGAAUCACCGAAUUAAGUCUUUGCCAUUUAACGAAGUAUCGAACAUGGCUGAGUUCGAAAAAAGCCACAUACACUCGCCAUGUUCCCAGUCUAAUGAAAUGAGCGCGAUUCAAGACAGAGUUGACAGAUCGAUCCUUGCCACCUUUAUUGCAGCACUCGGCCCAGUCAGCUUUGGAUUCUGUCUGGGAUAUUCAUCGUCUGCCUUGCUGGAUUUACAAAGCACUGAUGCACCUUCUGCAGUUCGUUUAUCUGACGAUCAGGCAUCUUGGUUUUCAGUAAGUUGAGUAUUAUUAUUCGUAGGAUCAUAUUUAUGCCACUAUCAUUACGUCGUAUAGAGUACUCCUUAAUUGCUUCGCGUUUUAUAUAUUUAUUUUUUAACGUGUGUAUCAUGUAAUAACCGCAUAUGUAACGCUGACUAGACUUAGCUAAACUUUAAAACAACAUCUGUAAAAAAUUUUAAAAAACCCAAAAUUUAGCCUAAAAACAUAAAUAGAUUGGAAAAACUGUUUCUGCUUCGGUUUCAACGAAAUCACGCCUCGGGCUUAACCGAGCAGCUUCUAUUUUUGUACUACAGAGACUGCCGAAGGGGGCCAUUUUGCCUCUUUGAUAUCCCACGGUACAUUUCCCUCAUUAUUUCGCCUGUGGCUAAAACUGUUUGUUUGAUAGCUGAGGAGCCACAUGACUCUCAUGAGAAUCACAUGAUUUACGAUGGGAUCCAUUUGAAAAUGACGUGGAUCAGUGCUUUUAAUAUAACGUAAAACAAUUGUAGAAAAAUCCACAAGAUAUUGUUUUAAAAGAGGAACAGCGUCAAGGCAAUGUAGCGGAACCCUUGAUAAAAUUUUAAGUAGCAAUAAAAGAAGAUAAAAGAAUUUUUGCGUAAAUUCUGCCCCAACGUGAGUUGUGCACGUAACUUCUCCUAUUUCGGCUGGUGAUGAUGCUUUAUUUAGUAAAUCAAGAAGCGGCAGAUUUUCUCUGCAUGCUAGAAAAAAAAAAAAACUUGCUAUUUCCCAUUCCUCAAGUACAAAAAUCAUUUCCCACCUUUCGAUCCGGUAGAAAAAGUUUUCGGAAAGAUCCGGCAAACAAUUUCUUUAAAAUAAUCAAUUUGACACGCUAUUUAGUCACCCUUUUGACCCAAAGCCCUAAUUUGAAAUGAUAGUGCUGAAAGGUCCUUGCUCGAAAGACUGUGUCACGCUAUGACCGAUGGAUCACGAUUGUCCAAGUUUGCAUGAAGGCAGUCAUUCUUAAUGUUCUUCAUAUGUCGCUCUUGAAUAUUUAUUGGCCCUGUGUAUUUGUAAAGGACGUAAAAGUACAAUUUUUUUGGACGGAAGCAGGAAAAUUGUAUGCAUCGUGGCGUGACAUGCCUCCUAUAAGAAAGCUAGCGCUAGCUUCAUGAGUUAGAUGCAUUGUCAAUGCUAUGAUGGGGCUAAUGGAAAUGAAGGAUAUCAUAAAUCUCUUGUUGUGACCUUUGGUUGAAGGAAAAAACGAUAAUUCUAGUCCGUAACGGAACUUACCAGCGCUCAAUAAGUCGAAAAAAGACCGACCAAAGAUAAUGCGGAGAACUUCAAAACAGCCACACUCCAAGAUAAGAUGCUUCCCUCUAGUGGGGACCAGCAAUAAAAUUUGUUUCCGUUUUUGAAAAAGGAUGUACGUGCAAAGAACAUCUUGGUCAGAUUUAAGAUUUUAAAAUCGCAAAUACUUAGAUGAAAUUCUUGGAAUGCAGCAGUUUCGAUCAAUCUAAUCAGGCUGACCUCUGUCUAUUGUAUAUAGGCCAGAUGUCGAGGUAACUACACACAUCCAAGUAGUGAGGGUAUGUCUCUGUUAGCUUCUUUAAAACCUCGUUAGUGAAAGAUUGGAUCUCUAUACUUUGAACUACACAUCGCGUAUGAGGAGCUAAGAAAUGAACUAGUUUUGUAGUUGGAGGGUAUAAGUGACAUUUUUAUUUUCCAUCUGAAUUUGCUAACAGUCUACCUUUAGACAACAAUUUUUAUACUUAAGCUUCGUGCCUUUGAGAUUCAUUCUUAUACAUUUUGUUCUAGUCUUUAGUUACUAUUGGAGCUAUUUUCGGAAGUGUCAUUGGUGGAUGGGUGAUUGACAAGCUUGGUCGGAAAGGUACCAUUAUGUUUUGCACAAUUCCAUUUGUGCUUGGAUGGCUUCUCAUUUGCUUCGCUCAGAGUGUUGCCAUGCUUUACAGCGGUCGGAUCAUUACAGGCCUGGGCUGUGGUGCAAUCUCGUUGACUGUUCCGGUAUGUCUGUAGAUUUAAGAAUUGGUCAGUUCGUGAUUACCGAAAAGUAUAAAUAAAUGACAAAGAAAUAACAACCACGAAAGAUUUCAAGACCAAAUCAUUAAUUGAUGAAAUGUAAAUUUUAUGCUCAGAACCGAAAACGAACAAAAAAAACGAGAUACGUGUGAUAGAUUUAACCUGCUUGGAUUGGAUUCUUAUUUACUAGAAUUCACGACCUGAAAUUUGCGUGGCUUUGUGUUAAAAAUUCUGAAAAUUAUGCUUUUUUCAAAACAAAAUCUCCUAUUGAGCAACACUUUGGGACAUAUAACACUUAAAGAGUUACCAACGUCGCAAAGCCUCAGUUGAAGUCAGAAAACCCAGUUUUGUUUUCAGCCAUAAUUCGCAUCGUGUUUGAGAAUGGAGUAUCGUCAACUCCAAAAUUCAAAGUUUUGAGACCUCGCGGUUAAACUCGACGGGAAAUUUCAGUCGAAGUGAAACUACACACGUCAUGUUUUGGUGCACGGCCGCGCGUUACAUAAGGAUUUGUAUUGUGGUAGCUCCUUAGGAAAUAGAUAGGCCUUGCGCGCGCGUUAUGUUAUAAGACAGAGUGUAUCAUUAACCUAGCCUUGGUGUAACUGUGUUAAGAUUUUAAUUCAUGAUAAGAAGGUUACUAUUUUUUUUAACCUUUUAAAACUAAUAGCAAGUUGGUAACCCAACUAAACAUGACCACGAAAUAGUUACAAGAGGUGAAAGUCACGUGAAAAAAUUGAAAUUUAAAGGCAAUGCAAAGCAGGAAAAAAUUGCGUUUAUGAUAGUUUUGCAUCAGAUGUAAAUGGUUAGGCAUAUGGCGAGAACUCAAGACUAAUCACGAAAAGUAAUUAAUCAAAGAUAAUGUCAAACUGCUUUAUACUUUAACAGAAAAUUUCAAAUUGCCCUAUUAAUGGAACAUUUUUUCUUUAAGGUCUACAUUGCUGAAAUUUCAGCUGCUAGGAUACGUGGUACUCUAGGGUCUGUCACAAAUUUGGCCAUCACCGUUGGUCUUAUACUUGCCUAUGUAGCGGGUGUCUUUUGUCACUGGAGAUGGCUAGCUUUUAUAGGUGCAAUUCCUCCCACGCUGCAAGUCAUUCUUAUGUUUUCUGUUCCGGAGACUCCUCGCUGGUUGCUGGGAAAGGGCCGUAGAAGUAAAGCCCUAGAAUCCUUGUUGUGGUUAAGAGGUCCUGAUGCAGACAUCGAAGAAGAAUGUGUCACCAUCAGAGAGACCAUAGGUGAGCUUCUUGUAAUACAAACACAGAGGAAUUUGAAAGUUAUUGUAUUUAGCGACGCUUUUAGCUCAGAAUUUGAAUUUGGUUAAUGAAUGAACUGCUUCACCUUUUCCUAUAUAUAUAUCUCUCACUGUCAUAAUUUUGUCGGGCCGAUGAAGCUUGAUUUAGAGUUGGGAAAGGUUCACAGAUAUCUGGUGCGUCUAUACAUAUGAAAAAAAGAUAACCUUUCUUAUUAUUUUUUUUUUUUGAGACAGAUCGUCAUGAGAAAUUUCAUCUAAGGGAAUUAUUAUCGCCAGAGAUCGCCAAGCCUCUUGCAAUCAGUGUCGGGUUGAUGGCGUUCCAGAUGCUCUCUGGAGUCGACGUAGUGGAGUUCAACGCUGCAGGCAUUUUUGCAACUGCAGGCUUUUCAAAUGGAAAGCUUGCAGCUAUUACUGUCGGCUUGGUACAGUUCGUGGCUGCAGGUUUGGGAUGUGUCCUAAUGGACAAAGUAGGACGUAGAAUUCUCCUAUGGCCCGCUGCACUUGGUAUGUGUGUGUCUCUUGUAACCCUAGGUGUGUACUUCCUGAUCUACAUUCCUCCGAAAGAUGGUGGCUCAACGUCUGACGCUGUUUCCAUGCUCAGCUCUAUCAGCCACUCGGUGCCAGCUAAAAACAUUUCUUGGUUGUCAAUCUUGUGCAUUGUUCUAUUCAACCUGAUGUUCUCCCUUGCAUGGGGACCCGUUGCAUGGCUUGUGAUGGCGGAAAUAAACCCCCUGCGUGUUCGUGGCUUUGCCUGCAGCUUGGCAGCUUUGACAAACUGGUCAAUGGCGUUUGUUGUCACUUAUACAUAUAAUUCCUUGGUUAAUGCUCUCACCAUCCAAGGAACCUAUUGGGUUUAUGCAGGCAUUUCCUUCCUAGGUUUCCUUUUCGUUUACUUCCUUUUGCCCGAGACAAAAGGCAAAACACUGGAGGAAAUAGAGGCCAUCUUUAAUAAAGAUAAGCACAAUUACGAAAGGAUUGACUAAGCAUUUGAUACUAAUUUGAUAUCUAUAUUGAUAUCGUACGGACAAUGUUAAUUUUAAAUUUUUGUUUCCAAAGAGAGUUGAGAAAUAUUAUAUUUGAUUUGCAAAAUAUGAAAAUGGUGAUAAGUUUGCUCCUAAAACUACGUACAACAAGUUAUUUGACUCUGUAAGAGAUUGAUGAUACAGUAAAUUAUAUGUUUGCACUUCGAAAAUAUAAAAUCCCUUUCAACUUACGAUAAUCAUCAGACGAGUUAAGGUUGAAAAUAUAGAACUGCCGCGUUGAGGAGGCACUUAACUGUACUGAACUUGCAAACACGAGAUUUGAGAUCGUAAAAAGAACAGAAAUUAAAUUGCAUUUGUUUAUAUAAUUGCCACAUAGCAAGGAGAGAAUUUCUAAAUAAAUUAAGCAUAUCUUGUGGCCGUUGCGCUAACCCUUUAGGGUGUCUAUUGGGUUUAUGGCAGGGUUUUGCAAUUCUUCUAAAGCAGACGAUGAAUAUCCCCAAGUGUAACCACAACUGAGAGAGGCCAGAGCAACUGGCAUAGCAGCUAAGACAGAUCUCCCGAGUCUGCCUUUCUCUUCGGGCUCCUUUAAGUGAACUGACUGCCAGUGGAAAUUUUUGAUUUGCAAUUCUGCCAUUUGAGAUAACGUCUGACUAUAAAACUUGUUUAACUUCAGCAAACCGUAUAAAUGAUCGCCAACGAAUGCUUAAAAUGUCGUCGUUUUUUGUAACAACGCCGGAGUGUAUCAAAUAAGUUAAGUCUGUAGCCAAAGUCCAAACUCGCUCUUGUAACGUGAUUAUUAUUUGUUCACCCCUCGUUGGUCUAAAACAAUAAAGCAAUUUUAAACCC